AUGGACGACGAGUCCCCCUCCUCCUCGCUCUCGCUCCACACGCGGGAGCUCCUGCCGCAUCACGAAGAGCCAGACUUUGGCGGCAGCAGCAACCUGAGCUUGACCCCCCUCCCUUCUUCCCAGUCCAACUCUCGCGUCGGCAGCGUUGCCGAACCGUCCCCCCCUGACUCCACGGCCCAAGCCCAAGUGCCAAGACUCUCGCGAGCCGACAGCUCCGAUCUCACACCCCCAUCACGGUCUCUAAGUCUGUUUGACCGACUGCACAUCAGCCCGGCAUCUUCGACAUCCUUGAGCCAACGCGGGGUGCCGGCACGCCAUCCUGGCCCUGCCGCGUCGUCGUCAUCGGCCCUGGAGGCCUCCCGUGCCGGCCCGCGACUGCAGAGCGGAAGCGGGAGCGGGAGUGGCAGCGGCAGCGCCGCCGCCACUAACAGCAAGAACACGACGACUGCCGGUGCCUCUACUACGACUACUAAUACUAAUACCAAGCAAAAGUAUCCCGCAAACCUGACCUGCCCGCUGUGCUCCAAGCGCUUCACCCGUUCCUACAACUUGCGCUCGCACCUGCGCACGCACAACAACGAGCGCCCCUUCGAGUGCUCCGUCUGCGGCAAAGCCUUUGCGCGCCAACACGACCGCAAGCGCCAUGAGCGCCUCCAUCUUGGCGAAAAGCAGUUUAUCUGCCGCGGUGAUCUCGACAUCGGGGGACAAUGGGGAUGCGGCCGCGCCUUCUCGCGUGUCGACGGCCUGGCGCGUCACCUCCGCUCUGACAUGGGCAGCGAGUGUGUCCGGCCCCUGUUUGACCAGGAGAUGAGGCAACAGCAACAACAGCAGCAGCACCAACAGCAGCAGCAACAACAGCAGCAGCAGCAGCAGCAGCAGCAGCGGGGAGUCAUACAGCAACUACCGCCGCUACAAGUCCCCACCCUGUCAGCGACAGCAAUGAUGACGCCGACGAGAACGACAUCACUGACGCAGCAUCUGCCGAUGGGAUACGGGGCACCGCAGCAGCAGCACUUUGGAAGCACGGCGGCAGCAUCGCCCAUGGAUCUAGACGGCGGCAUGACAUGGCCCUCGCUAGAUCACCAGACGACGGCGAGCUGGACGAGCAUGGCGCCCCUUCCCGCCGCGCUGCUGGCGCAGUACCCCUCGCUCGCGCGCAUGAGCUGGUCGCCAGCGGCAGCAUCUCCCAGCGCGGAGCCGUUCUCGGCCAUCGAAAGCCUGUUCGACUUUGACAGUGGGACGACGAGCGAUGCCGCCGGCUCGCGGACACCAGGCGCCGGCUCUGCUUACACCAAGUGGUGGAGCUCCUACACAGACGCGUCCAGCGGCAUGAAGGCCCAGGAGCACGGCGAGGAUCACCCAGACCCGGGGCAGUAUCGAUGA